CUGUGGCUGGGUGGCGGUCUUUUCAAAAAUACUGAUACAGAUCAUCCAUUCGAGUGUUUUUUCGUGGUUGCCUUUCACUCAGCUUUUUGAGUAACCGAACAGCAACAAUGUCCACUUAUGAAGUGAACAAAAAGAUGACCACACCAAAAUCCAAAGUGAAUAAGGAAAAUCUGAGAAGGACUAGAGGGAAAAAAAUAGGAAGGAAUAUUACAGAGACACCCACCUUUUUAUCAGGUGGAAAUGAAAGGAGGAAGUUACUUUUUUCCGGAGAGAGGAAAGGGAAGACCCCAAAGGGUUCCUUGAUUGCAAAAGAAAUGCAGAGUGCUGGAGUAGAGCACAUGGAACAAGAUGAAGCACUUAAAGAAAAUUGCAUCUUCGUCAAAAGUGAAAAUGGCGAUUCUUACAUUGCACUGGAAACAGAUGAACUUAAAACCACCAAAAUCUUUGAGGAGGUGACUUGUAAAUUCAACUUGCCAAUUAAGGCAAUUAAAUACAUUGAAUUAAAAGACGGUAGGAAAAGCUUCGUUGUACGAAACAAUGAUGGUACCACCGAGAAACGAAGACUCAGUAAUGGAGACCGUCUCUUUUCCUUAGAGCAGAAAGUCGAUGAGCCAAACACGUUUAUCCUUGUGGAACAAGACCCUUGAUAGCACAUGUGGCCCAAGUUCGCCCCCUCAUGAAAAUGCCAAUAUUUUUACGUUGCACAGUCGGCGAAACGUAAGGAUUUGUUUGUUCGCGUUUUAGCCUAAAAAAUCUGAACUACCUUAUUAUAGGAAAUUAACAAUGCACUUUAUCAACGCGAUUUUACAAAGUUCGGGUUAAUUUAAUGUAUGUUAGUUAAUGUCGAUGUAAAUUUAAUGCACGCUAUUUUACAACAUUGUUAUUUAAAGCACCUUUAUUUCCUAAGAGCUAACUACUGUAAAUGCUUUUUUUUUCCAUGACACAUGUGUACGUUGAAAUUUUGUGUAUCUGCAACAAACUGCGGUUUGGUUUCUGUCAGUCAAACGGGUGAGCUGCUCUUAGUGAUUUCGCGGAGGCUUUGAAAGAUCUUUUGAAUUGAUAGGGUCUAGUUAAGCUUCUAAACCAAAUUUUCGGAAUUCACAGAAACUUAGAAACAUCCGUGGACUUGUCUUGGAAGGUUUUAUUGACAUAGGCCAAAACGCAGUUUAGCGUUCAGAAAUGUAAAGUGCGAGUUUGCAGAAUUAUGAAAAUCGCAGUAAAAAAAGCGAGAUGCUUAUCGAAAAAUUCGCGUAAUUUAAUGCAUGUAAACCUAACUUUUGAAAAAUUCGCGUUCGUUUAGUGGAACGUAAAUUUUCUUCGCGUUGUCAUCGUACAUUGUUAAUUUCCUAUAAUAAGGUACUUCUGAUUUACUUAUGAAUUAAAGGAAACUUACCUUGAUUUUGGAGUUGUUUGUUCCUUCACAUUUUGUGAGUUUUCUGGGCUGAUUUAAGGGUGUUUAGCUGAGUUUCACUAUUUAUUUUUUGCCCUGCAUGUGAUCCUAUAUAGAAGGCAAAGCAAAUGAACGUAAAUCGAGCCAAACGGCCCUAAAUCGGCCCAGAAGAUUCACAGUAUGCAAAGGAACAAAUUCAGAAGUGGGGUAUGUUUGCUUCUAUUCAAAACUAGUCACGGCUAAAAUUACGAUUGUUUAUUCUCAUAGAAAUCUUUAUAUUCGCCGGUUGCGCAACACAAACAUGGCAGCUCGUUGAGCGCUGUGUUAAUACACGAGAAGUUCGACGUCUGAGUCAACUUAAAACGGCGUCUUCAGUUUGGAGCGGCUCGGCACGGUUUAGCCGGGAAUGGCGCCCCAGUAAUGGUUUUGAUUCAUUCGCACAAGUUUUCAUUUUUUCAGUCAGAUACAUAGAUUGUUAUAGCGUAAUUUGUAGUAGUUUUCUUAGAACGAGUAGUUAAGUACGGUCUGUGAUUCAACACGCGUAUUUUUCUAAACUUGAUUUGGUCCAAACACAAAUUAAGCUCUUCUCUCGAAAAGUUUGGCCCAAGCCACACUGACCGGACCAACACUCAGGGUCCUAAAAUAACUGAGGAGACUGUGCUACCUUUGCUAUGAUAUCUGCAAAUGGUUAGACACUCUAGUCUUCUGGGAUAAGGAAAUUGUUUAUAGUUCCUGGAGCGCACUUUUUUAGCAACUUUCAAAGUAGAGAAACACUCUUGCUUUGCGCGCAUGUAGCCUUUGAGAAGCUAUAAUAGCCUUUAAGCUGUGGAGUAGGAAACUAAUAUAGAAUUAUCAAAGUUUAAAUA